GACGCGGUGGCCGUUUUCAGGCAGGUUGUGGGGACCCCAGACGUCCGGGAGGCGAUGCAAUGUCCAAACCGAAGAAUCUAUGUUCGAAGAUUCAUGGUGCGCCAAAGGUGAAAGAGCGGGACCAGAAAGUAUGUAUCCGAUUCAAGUGCACAGUCCUGAAUACUCUUAUGGAUGUCCUCCGCCGCAGGCCUGGCUGGGUGGAAGUGAAGGAUGAGGGGGAAUGGGAUUUCUACUGGUGUGAUGUCAGCUGGCUUCGGGAAAACUUCGACCACACCUAUAUGGACGAACAUGUACGAAUCAGCCACUUCAGAAAUCAUUACGAGCUAACAAGGAAGAACUACAUGGUGAAGAACCUGAAACGCUUUCGGAAGCAGCUGGAAAGAGAGGUGGGCAAACUAGAAGCAGCUAAAUGUGACUUCUUCCCCAAGACCUUUGAACUGCCUUCUGAUUAUCAUCUCUUUGUGGAGGAGUUUCGAAAAACUCCCGGCAUCACUUGGAUCAUGAAACCGGUGGCCAGGUCCCAGGGCAAAGGCAUUUUCCUUUUCCGGAAGCUUAAAGACAUCAUGGACUGGAGAAAGGAUGUGGGCCGCUCCGAUGACCAGAAAGAUGACAUCCCGGUGGAGAACUAUGUAGCUCAACGGUACAUCGAGAAUCCUUAUUUGAUAGGAGGGCGAAAAUUCGACUUGCGAGUGUAUGUCCUGGUGAUGUCAAUGUGGAAUAAUUAUCUUCUUUGUUCUGGAUAUUCUCUGCCAGAUGUUCACCUCACCAAUGUUGCUGUACAGAAGACAUCCCCAGACUAUGACCCAGAGAAGGGCUGUAAAUGGAUGAUCCAGCGAUUUCGCCAGUACCUGACCUCUAAACAUGGCCCUGAGAUCGUGGAGACACUCUUCCGGGACAUGGACAACAUUUUCAUCAAAAGCCUGCAAAGCGUGCAGAAAGUCAUUAUCAGUGAUAAGCACUGCUUUGAGCUAUAUGGCUAUGACAUUCUCAUCGACCAGGACCUCAAGCCGUGGCUUCUUGAAGUCAAUGCCUCCCCAUCCCUUGCUGCCAGUAGCCAGGAAGACUAUCAACUCAAAACUUGCCUUCUAGAAGAUACACUACAUAUUGUGGAUAUGGAGGCCAGGCUCACAGGAAAGGAAAAGCGAGUUGGCGGCUUCGACCUCAUGUGGAAUGACGGACCCGUCAGCAGAGAGGAGGAGGGCAUUGACACAGCAGGGACUGGGAACUUUGUGGCUAACACCCACUUGGGCUGCAACAACGAUCGAAAGAAACAGCUGAGGCAGCUCUUCUGUUCAUUUCACAGCCAGAAGAAGGUUACCAGUUAAUCAUGGGCCAGGGGGAAAUUGAGCCUAAGCAGGUGCCCAGUGACCCCUCCCAGUUUUGGAGCUGUUCCUCCAGUUUCUCUCAGGCCUGCCAGCACUUCUGCUGGCUCAGCAUGUCACCGACCAUCAGCCAUUUGUUGGGCCUCCUGGACUCGCUGGCUCCAGGGUGCUCUGUGGGUGAAGCGUGCUCAGGAGCUGUGCCAACCUGGGAAGCUGGAUGCAUUUGUGACCUUGACAGGGGUUGGUCUGAAGUGGUUCUAUGCCUGGGUAAGGACCUGACCUACAGAGAGAAAUGUGGCAGCCUUGCAGCCCUAAAGAGAACUUUCUUAAUAAAAGCAAAGUCAUCA